AUGGAAUCCUCAUAUAUCCUAGCGCUUUUGGCUGUUUUAUUGGUGUCUUACCUCUUCAUUUUCAAGAAUAGUGGCUCUAAUAAGUCAACUGCUGUUAAGACGUUGAAUAAUGAAUGGCAAGAAUUCAAAUUGAUAACAAAGACCCAGUUGACGCAUAAUACUGCUAUCUAUAGGUUUGGUUUACCCAAGGAAAAUGCUGUACUUGGUCUUCCAAUUGGUCAACAUAUUUCCAUCAGUGGUAGUAUUAAUGGUAAAGAGAUCGUGAGGUCAUACACCCCAACUUCUCUUGAUAGCGAUGCUGUUGGGCACUUCGAUAUAUUGAUAAAGUCUUAUCCAGAGGGUAAUAUCUCUAAGAUGGUCGCAGAGCUAAAUAUCGGUGAUUUCAUUAAGGUUAAGGGCCCUAAAGGCUUCUACAAGUACGAAGAAAACCUGUAUAAGCAUAUCGGAAUGAUUGCUGGUGGUACUGGUAUUUCGCCAAUGUAUCAAAUAAUCAAGGCUAUUUCCACUAACCCUAAGGAUAAGACUAAAGUUACCUUGCUUUACGGUAGUCAGUCCAAGGAAGAUGUUCUUUUGAAGAAGGAACUCGAUGACAUUGUUGCUGCCAAUCCUGAACAAUUUAAGAUAGUAUACCUAGUAGAUAAGCUUGCCGAAGGCGAGUAUUGGGAUGGGGAAGUUGGCUACGUAACUAAGGAGCUCAUUGCCAAGACAUUGCCCGCACCUGAGGCAUCUACUCAGAUAUUGGUGUGUGGUCCUCCUCCAAUGGUCUCAUCCGUUAAGAGAAACGCAGUUGCGUUGGGUUACCAGAAGGCAAAACCCAUUUCGAAGAUGGGUGACCAGGUGUUUGUUUUCUAA